AUGCUCAUAUGCGAUAAAAAACCGUUCCAGCAACAACAUGCGCUGAUGUCAGGAGUUUCAUUAUCGUGCCAAAUGAAUGGUUGUACGAGAAUGUCCUCAGUUCGACCACCACGAAGUCAAGUUAGCAAAAAAGAAAUGAGAUUAUUUAUUCAGGUAAUUGCACCAAGUAACUCACAACUCGAGCCGCCUCUAGCCAUAGGGAAAAUGGAUCGCUACAAACGUUGGGAAUUUUAUAAUUUCCUUUCCUUUCAGUUUUUUGUUGUAUCGCUUGUAUUUCUGGUGACGUGGACCACAUGGCAAUGGCUUCCGCAUAUGUCGAGCUCAAAGUGGGCAUAUUUUGUGAUGACGUCAUUAUUCUUUGUUAAUAACUCGGUAAGCGAGAUUUGCAAGUUAUCCUGUUACCAUAACUUAUACUUAUCAUCUUGGGUAAAUCCUACGGUAUAUUUACUGUUUAACACGCAACUUCGUCGAGAACUUCAUUACCUGCUAUGCCGACAUCACGCCAUCUCAUCAGUUCAAAAUAAACAUCGACGGAGUUUAUUCGGAAAACAUGGAGGAAAUCCGGUUGAUAUCAAAACAAAGGUAAUUAUGGUCAGUAAAGGUUCAAUUUAUUCAUGUAAAAUGUAAUA